AUGGAGGGUCCUAUGUUCAGUUCAUCGCUAGGUGCCAUGAGAUCCCUUCUUGGGAAGCUCCGUUCCCUGCUGGUCUCUGCAGAGGAUCAGGUGCCAGAGCCAUUGAACUCACAGAAGGACAAGCUCGAGCUCCUCAAACAAGAUCUAGAAGAAAUAAACACCUUCCUCACCAAUCUGUCAUGGGUGGAAGCUCCCAACAUGAUGGUGAGGCACUGGAUGAACGAGGUGCGUGAUCUUUCCUACGAUAUUGAGGACUAUAUUGACAAGAGGAUGCAUCCUAGCCCCGAUUCCAGUGAAGAGUCUCGCUCGGAGCCUGCGGUAGAAGAAUUAAGCACUCUUGUGAAGCAGGCAAAGGACACCCUGGAACGACACAACAGGUACGAUCUUGGGCAUUGGGCAUCGAAUCCUAGAUUUGUGAUCCAUGGUGGGCAAGGCCCGGUUCCAAGGCUCAACGGGGACACCACAGACCUUGUUGGUAUCGAUGAUUCCAAGGCUGAACUUAUCAAGCGGCUUAACAUAGACGCCGAACAGAGGCUAGUAGUAUCCAUACAAGGACCUCCAGGUGUUGGUAAGACUACACUUGCCAAACAAGUGUAUCGUGAAGUGGAAGGACAGUUCGAAUGUCGAGCUUUUGUUCGAGCCUCAAAGAUGCCUGAUACAAGGAGGCUUCUCGGUAACAUCAUCUCCCAAAUCCAGGGUCACCAUCAAAGACCCCCUGAUGGUCUCCCCGUGCAAGAGCUCAUUGACAUCCUAAGAACACAUCUCCAACAAAAGAGGUAUUUCAUUGUAAUAGAUGGUUUGUCGGAAACAACAUCAUGGGAUAUUGUUAUCAGUGCACUUCCAGAGGACACUCAUUGUAGCAGAAUAUUAAUAACUACAGAUACUGAGGAAGUAGCUCAGGAGUGCUGUGAUUAUGGAUCUGAUGCUAUUUUUAAGAUGGAGCCACUUAGUGGAAAUUACUCCAGAGAAUUGUUCUUCAAUAGAGUGUUUGGCUUUGAACAUGAGCUCUCUAAACAAUUGAAGGAAAACUCAGAAGAAAUUUUAAGAACAUGUGGUGGUCUGCCAUUUGCGACCAUUAGCUUAGCUAGCAUUUUAGCUAGCCAACCAGAUAACUUAGAGCUGUGGCAACAUGUCAAAGAAGCAUUAUUUUCCAGAUUGAGAUAUAAUAAUCUUACUUCAGAAGUCAUGCUAAGAGAAAUAGUUGGUCUGAGCUUCAAUAGGCUUCCUCACCAUUUGAAGACAUGCCUACUAUAUCUUAGUAUGUAUCCUGAGGGUUAUACAUUCUUGAAAGCUGACAUGGUGAAACAAUGGAGUGCCGAAGGUUUUAUAAUUGCAGUAGAAGAGAAAAACUGUGAUGAAGUUGCAGAGUGCUAUUUUGAUGAGCUUAUCUACAGGGGACUGAUACAGCCCAAUCAUACCAAUAUCUCAGGUGAGGUGAUUUUAUAUACACUGCACUCCACUGUAUUCGAAGUUAUUAGGACCAUGUCCAAUGAAGAGAACUUCAGCACUAUGAUAGACUACUCUAAUACCAUCUCAGAGCUUUCUGUAAAGGAGCUAGACCUCAGUGGUAUCGACAGAUUGUUUCAGCUGAGGUAUAUGCGUAUUACAUCUAACAUCACUGUGAAACUACCAGCCAGGAUGAUUGGACUGCCAUAUUUGCAAACACUGGAAAUUUAUGCAAGAAUAACUUCUGUUCCAUCAGAUAUUGUUAGUCUCCCGAGAUUGUUGCACCUCUCUGUACAUGGUGAGAUAAAUCUGUUCAGUGGUAUAGGCCACAGGAGAUCUCUACGCACACUUGAAUCUUUUGACCUCAGCAGUAACUCUGAAGAUAAUAUAUGGAAACUUGGUAAGAUGACAGACCUGCGUGAUCUUCAUGCCACAAGUCCUACAGAAAUGUCUGACCCUCUCAAGAGGAAGUUGAUAGCUUUCGUUUCUUCCCUUGAGAAACUUGGCAACCUAAAAUCUAUAAUUCUUGCACCUGUUCCUUCGUGCACAAGCAUUUACUUGGAUUGCUCAUGGAGCACAUCUUCUCUGUCCGUCUUCCUGCAGAGACUUGAGUUGUUGCCGCCCUUUUGCAUCUUUUCAAGCCCCGUAUGGAUUGGACAGCUCCGGAAGCUAAGCAUUUUGAAAAUUGUUCUUAGGGAAUUUACGACAAGUGAUGUUGACAGCAUCGCCAAGUUACAGGAACUCACCAUUCUCUCUCUGUACGUCAGGCAACCAACAGCAGAACAGAUUGUCUUCCAUCGUGCAGCAUUUCCUGUUCUAAAGUUUUUCAAAUUCAGAUGUGGCAUUAUGCGCAUUGCUUUUCAGCCAGAAGCAAUGCCUAGGCUUCGGAGUCUGAAUCUUGAAUUCAAUGCCCACAGUGGAGAGCAAAAUGGUAAUAUGCUUGUCGGCAUUGAACACCUGUUAAACCUCCAAGAGAUCACUGGCCGAAUUGGGGCAGCACCGGGUGCAGAGGAAUCCGACAGAAUAGCUGUGGAAUCUGUGUUCAAGGAUGCCAUUAGCAAGCAUUCAAGACUUAUAAACUUCAACCUACGAAUUGUGGGUUUGUUUGACGAAGAGUGGCAUAAAAGAAGUGAGCUAGACGAGGUAGCUGCAGUUGUUGAAGAAGUGUCGCAAUCCAAAGAUGCAAGUUCAACACGAAAACAAUUCUUCAGCGUGCCGUUCCAGGCGAUCGUGGAUAGGCGGUCGUCAGACGAUGGCUACAACUGGCGCAAGUACAACCAGAAGGAGGUGAAGCAGAUCGGUGAGUACCUCUACAAGUGCACCUUCCCGACCUGCCCUGCCAAGAAGAAGGUGGAGAGGUCGCAGGAUAGCCAGAUCUCCGAGAUUGUCUACAAGGGCACGCACAACCACGCGAGGUGGCCGCAGAAGGCGCCGCAGCUGCUGCAGAGCGGCGACGCGUCCGAGCACUCGUUGGGUGGGAUGUCUGAGCACUCGUCCCAGCAGCCUGGCACGCCGGGCCGCGCGCGCCGCCGCCCGGAUCUCACCCUCCCCAUGCCCCAGCGCGAGGCCGCCACCUCCGCCGGGGGUCCCACCCCGCCGAGCGUCCCCGCUCCUGCCGCCGCCGCGGCGCACCAGCAGCAGCCGCCCCCGCACGCGGAGCUGGAGCGCGUGCGCCGCGUCGGCAGCGGCGCCGGUGGGACGGUGUGGAUGGUGCGGCACCGCGGCACGGGGCAGCUCUACGCGCUCAAGGUGCUCUACGGGAACCACGACUACGCGGUGCGGCGCCAAAUUGCACGUGAGAUCGCCAUCCUCCGCACCGCCGAGCACCCGGCCGUGGUCCGCUGCCACGGCAUGUACGAUAGCGGUGGGGAGCUGCAGAUCCUGCUCGAGUACAUGGACGGUGGCUCCCUCGACGGCCGCCGCAUCGCCGCCGAGCCGUUCCUCGCCGACGUCGCGCGCCAGGUCCUGUCCGGAAUUGCCUACCUCCACCACCGCCACAUCGUGCACCGCGACGUCAAGCCCUCCAACCUCCUCAUCGACUCUGCGCGCCGCGUCAAGAUCGCCGACUUUGGCGUCGGGCGCAUCCUCAACCAGACCAUGGACCCCUCCAACUCCUCCGUCGGCACCAUCGCCUACAUGAGCCCCGAGCGGAUCAACACCGACCUCAAAGACGGCAGCUACGACGGCUACGCCGGUGACAUCUGGAGCUUCGGCCUCAGCAUUCUCGAGUUGUACCUGGGCAGGUUCCCCUUCGGGGAGAACCUCGGCAAGCAGGGGGACUGGGCCAAGCUCAUGUGCGCCAUCUGCUACUCCGAUUCGCCUGAGCCACCGACCACCGCCUCGCCCGAGUUCAGGGGAUUCAUUAGCUGCUGCCUGCAGAAGAACCCGUCCAAGCGGCCGACGGCCGCGCAGCUACUGCAUCACCCUUUUGUCGCCAGCCCGCAGCCGCAGCCCCUCGCUGCUCCUCCCCCUGCCAUGACCACCGUUUCGGAUUGGGAGUAG